GCUUGGACUCUGUUCAGUUCACCAUCAUCUGGCCGACCGCGUGCACGUGUUUCCCUCUUACCGGACCAACAGUUGGCAUUCACCAAGUGCUAAUUCCAACUGUCAUCACUGGUCUGAAUCAGCGCUCGUUCGUCAGGGAGUUGUGCAAAAAGCGGUCCCCGCAAGGUCCUCGAACGGGUUGCCCAUCCCAGAAGUUCCGGUUAAGUCAGUCGAGUGAGGUAAUACGCUGUGGUGUGUAAUAACCGCCUUGGUGCGUACCACGUGCGUGCGUAUCGUACGCGUAGGAGAGCAGAAGACCUGACCGUGGCGCCAAGUCUACUUCAGUUCAGCAUAAAUCGCGGUUAAAACGAAAGUGAACACAUGUCGAUGAGAUAACCCGCGUCGCCAUCAAAUCACUGGAACCUGGUUUGAAGACCUGGACGGGCGCGACGUCAUAGAGCUUGUUUUACCUGCGCCAACCAAGCUUUCGCAGAAAGUGAGUGUGUUGUGUGUUGAAAUCGAAUGGUGCUGCAGCAGACGGCAGAGGUGACGAAGAGCCAAUCGUGUCGUGAUCGAGGAGAAAUUUUAAAGUGGCGUGAACUCCGCUGCACGCGGAAAUAUGAGUAGUGGAAGUGGCGGAGUGGUGCGAAAAAUGGGGUUAAACGGACGGCUGGUGGUGGUGGUGGUGUUCGCCGUGCUGCAGCUGUUGACCGUCGACGGGAUCUACGUGGUUGAGAAGGGCGGUCGAAAGUCCUUUGUCAAGAUGAGUCCCGCCCAGUGGACCGAACCGGAAGAGGACGGACUGUGGUCGUCGCUGCUUGAGGAGUAUACAUUGGGCCUCAACUCCUCCUCGCGCCAAUCGCGCGUCAUGCAGGCGGCCGCCGCCGUUGCCGUUGGCCAAACGCACCAGUACAUCCCGACGUCCAGCUUCUACAUCAACAAACGCAUCGGCGAAGCCGUCGAGAUAGGCACUCCCACCGGGAAGGUCAUCGGCCCGUCCGGGUACGGCGAAAACCAGCUGAACAGCCCCACCGGCCAGGGCACCUUCACGCCGAUGCGGCAAACCUUUGGCGGGGCCAGUCCGACCGAGUUGCUGGCAUCUCCGCGGGAAGUUUCCGAGACGGAUUUGUAUCUGCUGGGGGCGAUUGAAAAGCUGGUGUAUCGAGUGGACUACAUGGAGAACCGGCUGCGGAGGGCUGAACAGAUAAUUUACUAUUUGAUGGCGGGGAAUAACCAGAAGAUUGACACGUGUCCCGAUAACUUCACCCGCGUUCACGACAUUUGUUACCACUUUGGGGUGGACCGAGGCUUGAAUUGGAAGUCCGCAAGCACGCUGUGCAAAUCCUACGGAGGUCAUCUGGCAGAGUUCGAGAGCAGCACCGAGUUUCAGGACGUGGUGGCGUACAUUUUGAACAAUCAACUCAAUCGAGGAAAGGAGUUCUGGCUGGGAGGACUCAACCCGGGUCUCCUUUGGAUCUGGACUCAGUCGGCCAAACCAGUCAAUCCGAAUACGAACCUAACUUCGAUCACAAAGACGGGAAGCAACUCUUCCUCAACGACUACGACCACGUCCAAACCGGAUGCGACCAAGAUUGUGAACAAACCGCAAAGCGGCAAGCCCCAAAAGCAAACGGAACCUACCCUGGAGAUAACGGGAACGGGUCGAUGCUUGAAAUUGUCCUACAACGGAGCUCUGUACACGUACGGAUACUCCGGACAGGACUGCUCCGCGCGUUUCAACUACAUCUGCGAGCUGAAGAACAAAGGCCUGGACAACGAAAUAUCUCGCAUCGCGAAACAACUCGAACUAGAUUAG